AUGGUCGCUGCCACAGCCACGACCCAAUCAACUUCAAGGGCGUAUGCGGGUAGCCGGGCCACUGAUGUUGUGGGACUCAGUGCGAUACGUCGGCGCGUCACGCACUGCCGCCACGUGAUUGCAGUUCCAUUGCUGGCGGGUCAAGCGAAGGAGCGACUGAGCAGCAAUUGGUCAAUAAUAGUUGGCCGACGAGUUUCCCGUUUCUGUGACGACGCGCUUGACAUUGCAGCCAUCGAACACCACGUGUGA